UUGUCAAUUACGAAAAUGAAACAGGAUUACCAGACCAUUAACCACUGACCAUCUGAGCGGGACGCUGCAGCCCUUCAAAGGUGACAUGUAGGAUUAAAGCUUUCGCUGAUCGUACUCUGUUCGAACACCUGUCUGGAAUUAGUUCGGCCUUUCCAUUAACCAUGGCAUUACUGAGGAAGUGCUAUUUUGUGGGAGUGAUCUUCUUAGUUUUCCUAAUCAUUUCAGAAUCUGCCACAGACGAUAGUGAUGAUUACGAUGAAGAAGAUCUUACUAGAACUUAUCGAUUUCCAUCUGCUCCAAGAGAGCGGCCUUGUCAAUAUCGCAGGCAAGAAGGGGUAUGCAGAAGAAGAUCCGAGUGCCGAAGACCCACCAGGCACACCUGUAGAUUCGGUCUCAAUCCGAUAGUCUGCUGCAUGGACAGGCCCGAGACAACCACCACGACUACAACUCGGAGACCUACACCUCCGAAACCUACCAGGCCAAGGCCAUCACCCGCUAAACCCGACGAGAUUCAAGAAAUAGAUUUGACAUUUCCCAAUUGUGGCAAGAGGACGCAAAAAGUGUCUGAAGAAAACAGGAGAAACGGAGCCAGGGAGGAGGAGCCUUCUUCCAGAAGGCGUGGUAUUUUGUCACGAAGAGGGAAGAGAGAAGUAAAUGCUUACAGAAGAUUGAGUCGUAGAGAUAUUAUAAAACCUAUUAUUGUUGGUGGAAGGGAUGCUCAAUCUAAUUCUUGGCCAUGGAUGGUGGCCGUUUUCAAAACGUCAGUGCCCGGAGGACCAAAACGCUUCUUAUGUGGCGCUUCAUUGGUAAGCAGACAAUAUGUUGUCACUGCUGCACAUUGCUUUGAUGCGGAGAAGGGAAACAUAGACCCGAAGAAAUUCAGCAUAGUAGUUGGAUCUCACUCUACAAAAGACGGCACUGAAUAUCUUGUGGAAGAUGUCCUGUUGCACCCCGAUUAUAAGCCUCGUCAGUACUACAACGAUCUCUGUCUCAUGAAGGUGGACGGUCUGGUCAAGCUGACCGAGAAAGUUUACCCCGUGUGCCUGCCUUCUGACGGCCUUCGGGACAAAAUCAUACCUGGAUUGGACGUGGUCACUGUUACUGGAUGGGGAGACACCACUUUUGGUGGUGUCAGUAGUCAAGUGCUACAGGAAGUCGAAAUACACAUUGUUCCUCUGAAACAGUGCAACGAGUCAUACUAUAAAGUUGCCAGAGGUAACUUUCCCAAAGGAAUCACGAAUCUAUUUAUUUGUGCAGGAGAGAAAGAAGGAGGGAAAGAUGCCUGCCAAGGUGACUCAGGAGGACCGAUGGUUGCCAAACUAAAAGAUUUUUCAUGGGUUCAGCUUGGAGUUGUCUCUUUUGGAUAUGGAUGUGCUCAAGUUGGUUUUCCAGGGGUAUACACAAGGCUUUCCCAGUACACAAAAUGGUUGUAUGACAACACAGACCUUGGACGUUCUUAAAGAUAAUAUGGAACUCUUCGUGAAAAAGGACAGUAUCUACUGGCAAUUCCAUAAAAUUUCAUACUUCCAUCACUGUUUAUGCAAUAUGCACUAUAGAAUGGACUAUGAUAUUGCAAACAGAACUUUUUUAAGUUGACAUGCAGCUCAGUUUGUGUUUGAAAAUGGAAUAGAGAAAUGUGCUCAGGAUAUCAAAAUAAAGAAAGUGAUGACCGAACAAAAA